AGAAGAUUUCAAAAACUUUUCAUACAAAAAUCAAGAAAAGGAAAAACACUUACUUAGACCUUAAGACAAGAACCAGAAUCAAAAUCAUCCUCUCUGUAUUAUACACAAUUUUUCCCACUUUACGUCGUGUCCCUGUCAUUCCAAUAAAAAUCGUAGUCAACCAUUUUUCCAGUCAAUUCUCUCUAUCACCCACGUGAAACUUCCAGCUACUUCCCCAACUUUCCUUUUGAAAAGACCAAAAGCAAUUUUACAUUUAUAAGAAGAGUUCAGUUGCAUUGAUUGGCUUGAUGCCAUUAAUUUUAUUGAGCCGUCUUUAUUUCCUUGCAAAAAAGUUAAGUAUUUGUUGAGCUCACAUAACUCAUGUCAGUUGCUUGUGGAGCUGAGUGUGUAUUGGUCUUAGGUUGUCUUCGUUGGGCAUGGAAACGCUGCACAUACACCGGCAAUGAUGAUAGCGCUACGUGGCCGACAGCUACCUACGAGGAAUUUGAACCAGUUCCACGUAUCUGCCGUACAAUUCUAGCAGUAUACGAACCAAAUCUCCGUAGCCCCAAGUACCCGCCGGAGGGCGGGUACAGGCUAAACCCCGAUUGGGUCAUUAAACAGGUCACAUAUGAACAAACAUGUGGCAAUGCACCUCCGUAUUUGAUCUACUGUGAUCACGAACACCGAGAGAUUGUAGUCGCUAUUCGUGGGUUGAAUUUAAUGAACGAAAGUGAUUACAAAGUUUUGUUGGAUAAUAGGUUGGGGAAACAGAUGUUUGAUGGAGGAUAUGUACAUCAUGGAUUGUUGAAAUCUGCGGUUUGGGUUUUGAAUAAUGAGUCUGAGACAUUGAAGAAGCUUUGGAUUGAGAAUGGCAGGAGUUACAAGAUGAUAUUUGCAGGGCAUUCUUUAGGUUCUGGUGUGGCGUCGUUGCUGACAAUAAUUGUGGCGAAUCAUAAGGAUAGAUUAGGGGGAAUUCCAAGGAGUCUUUUAAGGUGUUAUGCAGUUGCACCAGCACGGUGUAUGUCACUCAACUUGGCUGUUAAGUAUGCUGAUAUAAUACACUCUGUGGUAUUGCAGGAUGAUUUCUUGCCAAGAACAGCCACCCCACUUGAAGAUAUAUUUAAAUCCAUCUUCUGUUUACCGUGCUUGAUAUUUUUGGUAUGCUUGAGAGAUACCUUCAUUCCCGAGGGCAGAAAACUCCGAGAUCCAAGAAGACUUUAUGCGCCAGGCCGCAUGUAUCACGUUGUAGAAAGAAGAUUUUGCAGAUGUGGGAGGUACCCUCCAGAUGUUAGAACUGCCAUCCCAGUUGACGGAAGAUUUGAGCAUAUCGUGUUGUCACACAAUGCUACAGCUGAUCAUGGAAUCCUUUGGAUUGAAAGAGAAUCUGAAAAAGCAUUAGCAAGACUUAAGGAGGCUAGUGCUGAGAUCACAACUACUCCCCCCAAAAUGCAGAAAAUUGAAAGGCUGAAGACAUUAGAAAAAGAACACAAGGAUGCACUCGAAAGAGCUGUCAGUUUAAACAUACCACACGCUGUGGACGCAGAUGAAGAGGAAUCCACGGAGAGUAUAACUGAGGAGUCAUCACAGAAACAAGAGGAAGAUGCAUCCACAAGCAAAGCGCAGUGCAGUGAUGCAAGAACUAACUGGAAUGAAGUAGUUGAGAAGCUUUUCAAUAGAGAUGAAACUGGGAAAUUACGAUUAAAGAGAGAUGCAACUGGUCUCAAGUAACAACGCUAUUCCAAGGUGCUUUCUCUCUCUUUUUUAUGAUGGCUAUGUAUGUUAGACGAAAGCAUUAUUACUCGUGUUCCAACAACUCAUAAUUCUUUAUUAUCCAUAUCGCCCUGUACAAUAUCUUCUUUUUGUAUAUCAACGACCAUAAUGUACAAUCUGAAGCCCCGUCAAUAAUACAGUUGGAAAUUCUUUUAUGUAAUUAUUUUAGGCAGUUCCUCGUGGAAUGUGAUUUGUUCAUGAAUUCUUGUUUACAAUCUGAGUGUUCAUUUGGUAUUCUGAUA